AUGACUCAUGACAUAACUUUACUUAUUGGCAAAGGUUGUUUGCAGAAGAAAUUAAGACCGAGCAUGUUGAGUAAACACUUUCAAUCAGCUGUCCCAGAAGUAAUAUACCAAAUCUUGGAGGACCCAUCCAGUAAAUAUGACAUACCUGAAGGGUCUGAGGCUGACAUUCCUCAAACUUUGGAAGAUUUUGUUUCUAGUUUGAAGGGCAGUACUAGACCAGAUGCAAAGACCUUUGCUGUCAAACUCAAAUCAAUGGUGACCCUUCUUGAACAGAGAACUCGAAAAGCGAAAAUCCAGGAAUACCUGUACCGACACGUUGCAUCUAGCAGCAUACCAAAACAGCUUCACUGUCUUGCUCUCCGGCUAGCCAAUGAGCAUGCCACCAACGCCAACGCCCGCCUCCAGCUCCCGUCACCAGAGCUCGUGCCCACCCUCGUUGAUAACUCGUAUUUCCACUUUGUUCUUGCAUCAGACAACAUUCUUGCAACCUCGGUUGUAGCCACGUCUCUUGUUUACAACUCGUUGCAUCCUGAUAACGUUGUUAUUCACAUAAUCACGGAUAGAAAAACUUACUCUCCGAUGCAGGCGUGGUUCUCAUUGCAUCCUCUAACGCCUGCGGUCAUUGAGGUUAAGGCGUUGCACCAUUUUGAUUGGUUCGCUAAGGGAAAGGUCCCGGUUUUGGAGGCAAUGGAGAAAGAUCAGAGGGCCCGGGCUCAGUUUAGAGGAGGGUCAUCGGCUAUUGUGGCUAAUAACACCGAGAAACCUUACGUGAUUGCUGCAAAGUUGCAAGCUAUGAGUCCCAAGUACAACUCACUCAUGAACCACGUUCGAAUUUAUCUACCAGAGAUGUUUCCAAGUCUUAGCAAGGUAGUCUUCCUAGACGAUGACCUUGUGGUUCAAACGGAUCUUUCACCUCUAUGGGACAUCGAUAUGAACGGAAAAGUAAAUGGAGCAGUUGAAACAUGUAGGGGAGGGGAUAAAUUUGUAAUGUCAAAGAGGUUUAAGAGCUACUUGAAUUUUUCUCAUCCAAUGAUAUCAGAAAACUUCGAUGCAAACGAAUGUGCUUGGGCCUAUGGCAUGAACAUUUUCGACCUUGAAGCUUGGAGAAGUACCAACAUAAGCCACAAUUACCAUUACUGGCUUGAAGAGAACUUGAAAUCAGAUCUAAGUUUGUGGCAGCUAGGAACAUUACCUCCAGGAUUGAUAGCUUUCCAUGGGUAUGUCCAUAUUAUCGAUCCUUUCUGGCAUAUGUUAGGACUUGGGUACCAAGAGAAUACAAGCAUUGCAGACGUGAAAAAUGCUGCUGUGAUCCAUUUCAAUGGCCGAGCAAAACCAUGGCUAGAUAUAGCGUUUCCGCAGCUUCGGGCAUUAUGGACCAAAUAUGUCAACUUCUCAGAUAAAUUCAUCAAGUCCUGCCACAUUAGAGCAUCUUAGAAUGAGCACACCAAAGAUUAUGUGGCAAUACUUCAUGUAUACGAGAAACAGAGAAAAGCAAGAAGGGUCUUUUUUUCAUUAAUUCCCAUUUUGUGAUUUGAGGCACAAGAUGAAAUUCGCUCGGGCUAUGCUCGAUUUUCUUGCUUAAAGUUUCUUGUUUUUUGGUAUCAAGUAUCUACUAUGUUCAACAAGACGUUUUGCUGACUCA